AUGAUACUGCGCAGACAUCUUCCUGCGUCAGCCAUUGCCAUACCACGAAGCCUGAGUUGGACACAAUCGACUAUGAAGAUCCUCCUGGCUAUUGUGGCCACAGUGCUCAUGUUCGCUGGCUGCUCCAGAGAAGUCGAGGAGGCCGUAGCGGCGUCAGACUGCUGCAGCUUCUACAAGAAGGAGAAAACACUACCUAGAGACUGCUAUGAUGGCUGCUGA